UAAAUCAAAUUAUAAUAUAAUUGUAAUUGCAAUAAAAAUUGUUAAACAUAUUAUAAUAAUCACAACAAUUCCUUAUAAAAUAAAAAAACUAUUUGGAAAUUUAAAAGAUAUUAGUUUUAAUUUGAUGAGUUUUCCCAUACGAAUAUGGCAUUAUUUUCAACUAAUUAUAAAGUUGAAUACGCUGAUGUAAUGUGGAAUAUACCACUUGUUGAUGAACUAUAUACAAAACAGCCAAGUAUCACAUGUAACUAAGUGUAAAUCCAAGGAACAAGGUGCGUUACGCAAAAUAUCCAUACAUAAAAUCAAAACGUUCAUAACUUUAUAUAAAAGUUUUUCAAAAAAUCUAGAACAUAAAAUUUUAUUUUGAUGAGAAAUACAUUUUCAUUAAAAAAAAACACACACACACAAUAACUUUAUAAAUAAAAGUACAAAUACUUAAAAUGGAUAAUUUUACGGAUUAUAAGCAAAACAUGGAUUACGAAUUACCGAUGUUAAUCUGUGCAUCAAUUGUUGCGGUUGUUAUUUCUGGAAUACUAUUAAUUAGUAAAAUAAAAAAUGACUCUGUGCAUCGCAAUAGCAGUAAAAGAAGUCAUAUAUCAUCACUGAAGCCACAUAUUACUUUAAAUUCAAGUCUAUACGCAAACGGUACCCAUCAGAAUCAUAUCAGCAUCAGUGGAAAGCAACGCAAAUCUUGCAGCAAUAAUAAAAGGCAAGACACAACAAAGAAGAGCACAUUCACCUCCGUCGGAGAUGGCCAAGAGUUACUCAAGAGAAAUUCAUCCAGAAUUAAAAUUAAGGAUUGGUUAAAACAUGAUUUAAUAAGUUGUGACCCAUAUUCUGAUUCUUCUUUCCCCGAAGAUAAUAUAACACCAUGUCAUAACCAAGCACAUCGUAACAGUACAUCCAGUGAAGCAACGGCUAGUGAUGAUUUAAAUUGUAGUUCAAGCAAUGAGGAUUUAAGUUUAACAUAUUUAAUAGCAGCUAAUUCACAAAAAAACGGAACAAAAUUAAGACAGAGGAAACAACAAAAAAGGAAAAAAGUCCUUACUUCCACGAAUUCUGCUAAUAUUACAAGAAAUAUCCAGUUCAUGGAUCUCGGUAAUGAAACUAUGGAAAAUAUAAAAUCUAAUGGACGAAAGAAGACAUCAACUAAUGCUGCCCUAAAAUUAAGAAAGCAAUGCGCAACUGCUUCCGCGUUGAAGGCAGUUUUAAAUAAUAGGCAACUUUCGAAGUCGUAUAUUCAUAGUCUAACAAGUUCAGAAUCUAAUUUGUCCCUAUGCAAUUCCUUGUCAUCUGCUUCUUCAACAACAUCUAUAAACUCGUCACUCUCAUCGUCGGCUUCAAAUUCUCCCGCUACUUCAGUCAAUUCCUCACCCACAGCAUCCCCUACUUCAUGUAAACGUAAUACAGAAUAUUUAAAAAAAUCGGCAAAGUCAUUAAUAUCACCUCUAAAACAAUUUACUAAAUUAAACAUGAAUGAGCAGGAAUUAGUUCAACAAAUGAGACGCUAUGUUAUUGAUCCAAGUCUUCUAAGAGUAUACGGCUUUCCUGUAGAGUCAGUUCACCAUGAGGGUUGUGUUGAAAUUUUUAAAUGCUUGCCUAAACAUUUGGCCGAGGAGGCUGUAACUGAAGACAAUCAACGUCAUCAUUGUCAUUUUUAUGGUCGUAAAAAAUCCGACAUCUUUAAUAUUAGUGAUGGUUUAUACUUGAAUUCCUGUGGUCAACGAUGGUAUGGUAAUAGUUCAACCGAUUCUGGUCAUGGUUCUGGCGAAUCAAGCCCACGCUUCACCGAUUCAGAUUCAAGUGAAAUGGCUGAAGAUGAAUUGAUAGCACCUGUAAUAGCAUUUUACACACCCGAUGGCGUAUACCAAAUAUUUUCAGAAUACUGUAAUUCUAUAGAGAAACAGUGUGUGCGAUGUUCCAAAAUGUUCCAAGUUAACGAAGAAGGCGAAUACUUGUCUUUCGGUUCGUGUACUUAUCACUGGGGUAAACUGAGUAACGUUUACAAUGGGAAAUGCUACGUCAAUAUUUAUUCUUGUUGUCAAGGCGAUGAGCUCAGUGAAGGAUGUUCUCAGCAUGCCUUUCAUGUUUGGAAUGGAAUUGUAGUUGGCAUAAAUGGCCCUUACACGGAUUUUGUUCACACAAAACAGAAGGAUAAAUGUCCUAAAAAGCAUUCAAAAGUAUAUGCUAUCGACUGUGAAAUGUCUUACACAGGCUUAGGUUUGGAGGUCACCAAAGUCACUGUUAUAGGUUAUGAUGGUUCUCUGGUGUAUGAACACUUUGUGAGAACGCAAGCCGAAAUAAUCGAUUAUAAUACUCGAUUUUCGGGUGUUUCUGAAAAGGAUCUCUUAGCAGACUCGAAUAAUUCCAUUAAAACAUUUUCCGAAGUACAAAAAGACUUGCUAAAUCUUUUUGACGCCGAUACCAUCCUCAUUGGUCAUGGUUUAGAUAACGAUUUGAGGGUUUUGCGUUUAGUACACAAAACGAUAGUGGACACGUCAGUAAUAUUUAGCCAUUCAACGGGGUAUCCAUAUAGAAGAUCUCUCAAGAAUUUAACAAAAUCCUUUUUAAAACGAGAUAUACAAUGUGGAGAGAUGGGUCACAGUAGUUUUGAAGAUUCUCGAGCCUGUCUAGAGUUGAUGUUGUGGAAGAUCCGAAAAGAUUUACGGCACUGGAAUUACUAAUCAGUUCGAACAAUAUUUUAAGGGAUUUAACAAAAAUCUAAUUGUGAUCAAAUUUGUAUAUUAAUAAUUAUAAUCUUAAUUCCUAUGUAGCUGUAAAAUUUAAAAAAACCUUAUAUUUUUUUAAAUAUAUGUGUGUAUGUUUGUUGUGCGAAUGUGUUAUUAUAAUCAAUUUUAAUUUCGAUUAUAUAAAAGGGUGGUUAAUUCGGUCAUAUUUACAGCAAUAUUUUAUUGAAUAUCGUUUUUUAUUUUUAUUUAUUGCAGUCCAUACUUAAACGAAAUAUUGCUUUUCGAAAUAUAUUUUAUUAAGCUUAAUAUAUAUUAUUUAUUCAGUUAGAUUCUGCUAUAUGUACUUUAAUUUUAUUGUAUUUUAUAGGAUAGCCUAUUUCUACAAAGACGAAUACUUGACCGCCCUACCCUCCUAUUAUAUUUGUAUUUAAACCUGUUCUUAAAAUCACAAAAGAGUGUUUGAUAAAGAUUGAGUGGGCUUUUAAAAAAAUAAUUUUAUUUUAUUCAUACAAUUUGCUUCAAAUUUUCUGUGUUAUUUAGCGGAAUUUAAGUUUUCAAUCACAUAAAAUUAGAAAAUUUUAAUGUUUAAAAAUAAAAUAGUAUAUUAUGAAUUCAAAUACUGGACUUGAUUGAUGUUUUUGGUGUUUGAUCUUACAAUUUUUACCACAAUUAAAUUAUUCAGGCAAACGUAGAAAUAGUGCAUUAUUUCUUGGAAGUUUUUUGGAAAUGUGAGCAUUAGAACAAAUCAUUUCCUAUUAUUUGUCGAUUUUUACGUUUUACAUAGGUUUUAAAAAAGUAAAAUGUUUCUCGGUUUUGUAAUAUCAUUACUUUUUAGAUUUUUGCGGUAAUAAUGUUAUAAAAGUGCCAACUUGAUUUUGAGCUUCAUUUCUUCUAAAGCAGAAACUGCAGAAUAUACAUAUAUUUGAGUUUGAAAAUUGUCUGUCACAUUAAAUUUAAAAAAAAUGGCGUUCCUCGAGAUAUGUAUAUGUAACAUAGUUAGAAAAACAAUUUUAUUUUAAGAGCUUUUAAGAGAUUAAAACUAUUUUCUAUCUAUGAGGAGUUUUGUGGUAGUCAUUUAAUGUAUAUGUUAAUAUGGUACAGGUAAAUUUAAUACUUGAUUAAAAUUAAAAAUUUUUAAUCUGCUACCAGUUCUUACAUAUCUUGUUUAUAAUUAAAUUAAUCACAAAUAUUAAAUUAAUAAAUUAUGGAAAGGAUAUAAAAACGGAAAAUUUGAAGUGAAAUGUAAACUUAAUUACUGGUGUGAAAUGUACUGAUGUUUUUACUGUGAUUUUUAAUACACUUUUCGUGCGCUGUUCUUAUCUUUCUGCUGUCUAUUGGACAUGAAAGAAGGUUAAAACCAACAUACUACCUAACUAUUCUCAUUAUAAUUAUUAUUUCUUAGUUUUAAGUAAAAUGUCACUCCAAUUUUACAUACGAAUCGAAUCAGUGGCGAAAAACUAUUUUCGUUUUUGUAUCAUUUUAUAUAAACGACUAUGUUAAAUAAAUGAUUUAAAUUAUAAAAUUUUUU